AACGUCUCCGCUCUGGAAGCGUGACUGCAGCAGCGUGCUGUUGUCCCAACAGCUGGUAGAUUUUAAAGGGCCAUGGCAUUCAACGUCGUCCUGGAUGGACCCCCUCCCUGGGGGUUUCGACUGACAGGAGGAAAGGACUUCAACCAACCACUGACCAUCUCCAGGAUCACUCCCGGCAGUAAAGCUUCCGGGGUCAACUUAUGUGCUGGGGACAUCAUCCUGGCCAUCGAGGGGGCCCCGGCUGCAGACAUGCUGCACUGUGAGGCCCAGAGCAAGAUCAAGGAGUGUUUCAACCAGCUCUGCCUCACUGUGGAGAGGAACGAAUCAAGGCUGUGGUCUCCGCGGGUGGUGGAGGAUGGAAGAGCUCAUCCGUUUAAACUCAACCUGGAAUCAGAACCGCAGGAAUACAAGCCAAUCGGAACUGCUCACAACAGGAAAGCUCAGCCAUUUGUGGCAGCAGCAAACAUCGACGACAAGCGGCAGGUGGUCAGCACGUCCUACAACACUCCCAUCGGCCUGUACUCCUCCGGUAACAUCCAGGACGCCAUGCAGGGCCAGAUCCGAGGCCUGGUGCUUCCCAAGCCUGAGAGUCCCAGGACUCUGACCAACAUCGAGGAAUCUGAUGUGUACCGGAUGCUGCAGAGAGACCAGGACGACCCCCAGGAGCCUCGGCAGUCCGGAUCAUUUAAAGCCCUGCAGGAGUUCAUUGACAGCGAUGGCACUCGACCCAUUGUGACUCGCACAGUGAAAGCCCCCACAACUAAACCCACUGCGCCUUCAGGAAACCUGCAGAAGCUGCCUGUCUGUGACAAGUGUGGGAACGGCAUUGUCGGGACGGUGGUUAAAGCCAGAGACAAGUAUCGCCACCCUGGCUGCUUUGUGUGUGCUGAGUGUGACGUCAACCUGAAACAGAAGGGUUAUUUCUUCGUUGAGAGCCAGCUGUACUGUGAGAUUCACGCUCGAGCCAGAAUGAGACCACCAGAGGGCCACGAUCUGGUCACCACAUUUCCCUCUUCCUAGAUCUGUCCAAUCACAAACGUCUCCUCUCAGGUCCUACAUCGCUUCAGUUUUCUUCUGCACUUUGUGUUUGUGCAAAAAUAACCGGAGCAGUGUGAAACCUUUUGAUCAGUAAAUCAGAUUUUGCAGCUGACAACUGAACACUGUGUGGUGGUCAUCACUGUAAAUCCCACUAUAAAUCCUUUUUUCAGUCUU